GGCCCGCCGCGCCGCCCUCAGUACAGCUCCGGCCGCCGCGCCGCCUGGCUCUCGUAUUCCUUGUUCUCGGCGGGCUUUGGGGGCUCUGCGCCGCGGCCGUUAGUCAUGUCGGAUUCUGGAAGUUAUGGUCAGUCUGGGGGUGAGCAGCAAAGUUAUUCUUCCUAUGGAAAUCAAGGCAACCAAGGCUAUGGACAGACACCACAAAGCUAUUCUGGCUAUGGGCAAACGACUGAUUCCUCAUAUGGACAGAACUAUGGCAGCUACUCCGGUUAUGGACAGAACCAAUCAGGUUAUUCACAGUCCUACAGUGGUUAUGAGAAUCAAAAGCAGAGUUCUUAUGGCCAGCAAUCUUAUAAUAACCAGGGACAGCAAAACACGGAAUCAUCAGGAGGCCAAGGUGGAAGAGCACCUUCAUAUGACCAAUCAGACUAUGGUCAGCAAGAUUCAUAUGACCAGCAGUCAGGCUAUGAUCAACAUCAAGGCUCGUAUGACGAGCAGUCAAAUUAUGAUCAGCAGCAUGAUUCCUAUAAUCAAAACCAGCAGCCCUAUCAUUCUCAAAGGGAAAAUUACAGCCACCAUACACAAGAUGACCGUCGUGAUAUGAGUAGGUAUGGAGAAGAUAAUAGAGGAUAUGGCGGGUCACAGGGAGGAGGUAGAGGGCGUGGGGGAUAUGACAAGGAUGGAAGAGGUCCUAUGACAGGAUCAAGUGGUGGUGACCGCGGUGGCUUCAAAAAUUUUGGUGGUCACAGGGAUUAUGGACCCAGACCAGAUGCUGAUUCAGAAUCUGAUAAUUCAGAUAACAACACAAUCUUUGUGCAAGGACUUGGGGAGGGUGUGUCUACUGAUCAAGUGGGGGAGUUCUUUAAGCAAAUAGGAAUUAUCAAGACAAACAAGAAGACUGGAAAACCAAUGAUAAAUCUUUACACAGACAAGGACACGGGGAAGCCAAAAGGGGAGGCAACAGUGUCGUUUGAUGACCCCCCUUCAGCUAAGGCAGCCAUUGACUGGUUUGAUGGAAAAGAAUUCCAUGGCAACAUCAUUAAAGUGUCCUUCGCCACCAGAAGACCUGAAUUCAUGAGAGGAGGUGGAAGUGGAGGUGGGCGGCGAGGCCGUGGAGGAUAUAGAGGUCGUGGAGGCUUUCAGGGGAGAGGUGGAGACCCCAAAAGUGGGGACUGGGUUUGCCCUAAUCCGUCAUGUGGAAAUAUGAACUUUGCUCGAAGAAAUUCCUGCAAUCAGUGCAAUGAGCCCAGACCAGAGGAUUCUCGUCCCUCAGGAGGAGAUUUCCGGGGGAGAGGCUAUGGUGGAGAGAGGGGCUACAGAGGUCGUGGGGGCAGAGGUGGAGACAGAGGUGGCUACGGUGGAGACAGAAGUGGGGCCGGAUAUGGUGGAGACAGAAGUGGCGGCGGUGGCUACGGAGGAGAUAGAAGUGGGGGUGGCUAUGGUGGAGACAGAAGUGGGGGUGGCUAUGGCGGGGACAGAGGAGGCGGCUAUGGCGGGGACAGAGGAGGCGGCUAUGGCGGAGACCGAGGCGGCGGUUAUGGCGGAGACCGAGGAGGCGGCUAUGGCGGAGACCGAGGAGGCGGUUAUGGUGGAGACCGAGGAGGCUAUGGCGGAGAUCGAGGAGGCGGCUAUAGUGGCGAUCGAGGAGGUGGUUAUGGUGGAGACAGAGGAGGCUAUGGUGGAGAUCGAGGAGGCUAUGGAGGAGACCGAAGUGGGGGGGGCUACGGAGGAGACCGUGGAGGUGGCUACGGUGGAGACCGAAGUGGAGGCUAUGGAGGAGACAGAAGUGGUGGCGGCUAUGGAGGAGACCGAGGUGGGGGCUACGGAGGAGACAGAGGUGGCUAUGGAGGCAAAAUGGGAGGAAGAAACGACUACAGAAAUGAUCAGCGCAACCGACCAUACUGAUGACUGUUUUGAAUGUUCCUUUGUCUCUGACAUGAUCCAUAGUGAAAUUGCCAGAGUUUUGCCUGCUGCUUUCCUCGUGGCCUCUUCUUGGGUAGUAAAAUUAAGUGACAUUUGGAUUUUUAUUUGGGUGGGAGGGCUGGGACAGUUUUUCUUUUAGAAAUGUCCGUUGAAAUUUCCCCUUUUAGUUUUAAAGCUUCUCCUUCCCAACCCUUGAAGCUGAGUGCAUUGUAAAAUAUUGCCAAAAUGGAAAGUGUUUUGUAAUACUGCAAUAAAGGCUGCUUGUUUUGUGGACUUUUGUACGUUAGUGCAUUGUUGUGUCACACUCAGGACUCAGGUAUAGCAGACUCUAACCCUAAAGAGUUAGGAAACCAGUAACCUUCUGAUCUAGUAAAUUAAAAUGUUACUUUCAACAUUAUUUGUUGAGCUCCUACUACGUUUAGAAUAGUUCUCAAGAAUGACUACAAAUCAGAAUCACUUGAGUUUGCUAAAGUUACAGAUUCCUAGGCAUCACCUCAGGUCUGCUGAAUGGGAAUCUUCGUGGGAGGUAGGGAGUAGGACUGGGAAUCUUUAUUUAUGGCAAGCUCACCAGGUGAUUAAGUCAGUUUGAUAACCAGUUUGCAUUGAGAACCAUUUAUUUAGGGCAGGGUCCUAGAUGCUGGGGGUAUGGAGAUCUAAGAGCUAGAGAGGAAAGGUAAGGAUUCCACGAGUUGGGGUUAAGAUAGCAAUGUACAUGAUAUGUUAUUUGGUUUUAUUAAAAAACUAUUCUGCCCCUAUUAUGGCUAAGGCACUGGACCAGAUGCUAGAUACGUUGCUGAUCAAGUAAAUAGACAACAGAUAGUUUGAUAAGCGUUCCAAUAAGGGUAAGUACAAGGUGCUUUGAGGGCUUAUUGGAAAGACACUUAAUAUAGUCAUAUGAGAUCAGUGAGUCUUGAGGGAAGAGUAGAAAUUGGUCAGGUAAAGGGGCUAGGGUGAGGAAAUGAUUUUCCCAGAGGAAACUAAUGACAUGAGCAAAUCAGGAGUUAAGAGACAGAGUGGGGAGCAGACUGUGCACCUUAGGAGGACCAUGUGAAGUUCAGUUACCGCAGGGAAGAAUUCAAGGGUUAGCAUACAAAAGAUAAGACUGGAGAAGUGGACAAGCUUAUAUGAUAAGGCCCUUGGGUUUUAUUUUUCCCUUGACUCCAAAUCCAGUAUACCAGUUGCUGUUAAGUCAAUUCUGACUCAUGGCAACUCCAUGUGUUUUCAGAGUAGAACUGUGUUCCAGAGGGUUUUCAAU